UAAUUCAUAUUUGAUGUUUUGUUCCCAUUGCAAAAAUUACAACUAGUCAAUUUAUUUCCUUCUCACCGUUCUUGAGAAUACCACGGCUAAGAAAUGAAGAUUUUCCUCCAUCUCUCCCUUAUAAUAAUUAUCAUCGGGAUCACAAAGGCUGAUGAAAAUGCAGUUGCCCCCACAAAACCAGGAAUAGAAGUUUGCUUUGUCAUUUCUGCUAGAAAAUUGCCCGACACUGACAACAUGGGCACCAAUUCGCCUGAUGGUUAUGUCGCAAUUGAAUACUUUGCGACGACCAGCGCAAAACCAACAGUUACAAACACAUCAGUUCUCGAUAAUUCGCACAAUCCAGACUGGAAGGAGGUUUAUCACAUUAUUUACCAUCCCGGAAGAGGACAAAUGCUCGUCUUUAAUGUCUAUGAUCACAACAUGAUGACCAAAGAUGUGAAAAUCGGGUCGGUAAGCAUUAGCGUGGGUGAAAUGGCCAAGAAUGCGAAACGAAGAAUAGAGAUGGAUAUUAUUGGUUCAGCAAAAGACUCCGGCAGACUGGUCUUAUUUAUGAAAGUUAACGGAACCACUUAUGAAGAUACGGAAGUUCGUCUUCGAAAUAAGUAUGAAAAAGUGAUUCAUAUCGGAGGUCAUUACAAGUACGUUGAAGAAUAGUUUUGAUUAGUUUUAACAAAAAAAUGUUUUACUUAUCUAUGUAUACAGUUCCCAACUGUACAAAUUAUAUUAAAUUUACAUAUGUAUAAUCUUACGAAGUUGUUGCAAAUACAAGAAUGUGGCGGAUAUGUACAUGAAUGCAUACAAAUAAAUAAUUUUUAUGCACCUGUAAAAAUACACAAGCGGUUCAAAAUAUUUAUUUUUUGUAGACCACAAUUUGUCCUUCACAGCUACCAUUGUUUGUGCCAUAUUUAAAGAGAAAUGUGAAUUUUGAUCACGCUUUUUUAUAAAAGUAAAAUUCCACUAUAAUUAUCCUCAAAAUCGCAAGAAUCAGGGUUCGGAAAAACCCAGGGUUUUAAUCAAAAAGUAACGACCCAGGGGUUUUAAUGGGUUUUAAUGGGUUUUUUGGGUUUUAAUGGG